UGCAUUUAGAAGAUCCGAUUCCGAUCUCUUGCUUUCCUUCCUUCCUUCCUUCGACCUGAAGAAGAAGAAGGGCUCGAUCUAAAUUCAGGAGAAACAAACAAAACAAUGGGGUUUCUGGGGAGCGUCUUGAGAUUCCUAUGGGGUCAAUGCUGCAAACCCACCACCACCAACGAUAACGAAUCUCUCGGCCCUCACGGCGUCUCCGCCACAACCGUCGGCAUCUCCGCCCUUGCCCACGACCUACUCAACUUCGAAACCACAUCUCAAGUUCCCCAAGCUCUAAGCAAACAUGUUGUUUCCUCAAAGCGAGCGCAAUCCAACUGGUACAAGAAACUCUUGGAGGCGUGGAGAAAUGCAAAACCCCCUCCUAAAACGCCUGAAGAAGCUUCAAGGCUCAUCAUAGCAACCUUAAAAAGACAUCAAAAGGCAGAUGUCGAGGGUCUGUUAGCUUUCUAUGGUCUACCUCUUCCUCAUACUCUUGUAGAGCAAACGGUUGGCGUCCCAACUCAUCGGCCAGAAGGGCUCAAGUUCGAAUUGCAGACAUUACCCGUAGAUGGAAGGGCUGUGGCAGAUGGGGAUACAAUCACUGUUUAUGUUAACACCACGGAUCCCCGAGAGUCAGCCUCCAUCCCCAAUGAAGUGCAAAUAGCGGCUGUUCAUAGAUCGGAAGCACGUUCCUGUAGGGAUUAUACAAGAGCUGAUGAACUUCACCAGCAAAUCAUCAAUGCAGGAUACAGGUUCAUUAGUAUUGAGAACGAGGAGAUUCUUGCUAGAAAGUACAGAAUUAGAUUAAGGGGAAUUGACGCACCAGAAAGUGCUAUGCCAUAUGGAAAAGAGGCGAAAGAUGAACUGUUGAAGCUUGUUCAGGGAAAGUGCGUGGACAUCUUUGUGUUUGACCAAGAUCGUUAUGGGCGUUUAGUUGGAGAUAUAUACUGCAAUGGAAAGUUUGUACAGGAAACCAUGUUGAAGAAAGGAAUGGCAUGGCAUUAUAAGGCCUAUGAUAGACGGCCAGAACUGGACAAGUGGGAGAGAGAUGCUCGGGCGAAGAGAGUUGGCCUGUGGGCGUCGUCAAACCCUGAGAUGCCAUGGGAGUGGAGAAAGAACAAACGAGAACAACGAAGAUAAGUUGUUGCGAUUGAAAUGCAAUUCUUAUUGUAAAUGUAUGUAUUGCUUAACCAAUUGUAUCUGUGUCUUUCUUUAUGUCAAACAAGCACCAAACCUCAAUUCAUUCCUAUGUAUGAUAUAUUGAUGAUACCAUUCUAAUGAUUAAGGUAAGUGUUCAUAGGUUG